AUGAGAAUUACUCGCUCCCAGACGGGGAAAACCCCUAAAAAAAUGGACCGCCCCGGCUUCAUCGAGACACCUGGCCGGAAAGCCACCCGCAGCGGCACACAGUCCGUCGAACCCGAAGAGCGCGAAAUGUCCACUCCCCCGAGUGAAACCCCGAGCGGCGCUCAGUCGGUAUCCCGACGACGGACGACUGGAAAGGUGAAGGAGGAAGACGUCUCCGAAGGACGCGCCAAUGGCUCCGCGGGCAAGAAACGGCGGAUCGUGGACGGCUGGGAGGAAGGACUGGAUGCCAAGGUGGAUUACAGCGGCCACUUUGAAUUCGGAGGGUCGUUCGGAGUCCUGGCCAUGAUGAUCGGCUUUCCCAUGUUGAUGUACUACAUGUGGAUUGGCGCCACCUACUACGAUGGCAAAUUCCCUCGCCCCGCGGAGGGCCAGAGUAUGUCCGACUUUGUCGCGCACAUGGGCAAUCUGGUGUAUGAGGGCGCAUUCCCGACCCUCAAGGCCUGGACCGUCUACUGGGUCUUCUUCAUCUUCGAGGGUGCCUGUUACGUGCUUCUCCCAGGUAUCACGGUCAUGGGUCGUCCGCUGCCGCACGCCAACGGAAAGCAGCUUCCGUACCAUUGCUCGGGUACCUGGUCCUUCUACCUCAGUAUCGUGCUGGUUUUGGCGCUGCAUUUCACUGGCCUCUUCAAGCUGUACACCGUCAUCGAUGAAUUUGGUUCGCUCAUGAGCGUCGCCAUCCUGUCCGGCUUCCUAGUGUCCUUUAUCGCUUACUUCUCCGCCCUGGCCCGCGGAGCCCAGCACCGUAUGACUGGUUACCAUGUCUAUGACUUUUUCAUGGGCGCGGAGCUCAACCCCCGCAUGUUCGGCAUCCUGGAUUUCAAGAUGUUCUUCGAAGUCCGCCUCCCCUGGUACAUCCUUCUGUUCACCACCAUGGGAGCGGCUGCCAAGCAGUACGAGAUCUAUGGCUAUGUCUCUGGCGAGGUUGGUUUCCUGCUGAUGGCGCACUUCUUGUACGCCAAUGCCUGCUCCAAGGGCGAGGAGUGCAUCGUGUCGACCUGGGAUAUGUACUAUGAGAAGUGGGGUUUCAUGCUUAUCUUCUGGAACCUUGCUGGUGUCCCUCUGAGCUACUGCCACUGCACGAUCUACCUGGCCCAGCACGACCCGGCCACCUACCACUGGAACCGUUACUUCCUGGUGGCCCUCUACGUGGCAUACCUCUUUGUGUACUGGGUGUGGGACACGACCAACAGCCAGAAGAACCGGUUCCGUCAGCAGGAACGCGGCACCAUGGUGUUCCGGAAGACCUUCCCUCAACUCCCCUGGCAGACGCUGGAGAACCCCGAGACCAUCUCCACCGAUGCUGGCACCAAGAUCCUGGUCGACGGUUGGUAUGGCAAAGCUCGCAAGAUUCACUACACCUGUGAUCUGUACUUCGCGCUCAACUGGGGCCUGAUCACUGGUUUCGCCAGUCCGUUCCCCUGGUUCUACCCGGUCUUCUUCGCCUGCAUGAUCAGCCACCGUGCGCUGCGCGACAUCCAGCGUUGCCGGACCAAGUACGGAGAGGCUUGGGCCGAGUACGAACGACGGGUUCCCUACCUGUUCAUCCCGGUCAGUUUUCUCUCUUUACGGCAUGCUCGAGUUCAUCAGUUCCUCAACAGUCACAUUCAUCAUUUCCCAAGAGCUCAAUCGCUGAUAGUCAAUACAGGCAUCUAUGUAUUCCACCCCACCAUCCCAGGCUACCCGAAGGCGCGGUUCCCAGGCGUCGUAGUCUUCAGUGAAAUCUACCAAGUGACCGGGCCGGUUGCACGUUUCGCACGACAGAUCGCGGGCCAGGGCUAUAUCUGCGCCGCUCCGUCCAGCUACCAUGAGUUUACGGGGCCGGAAGGCUUGCAGUAUAAUGCUGAAGAUACGGACAAGGGGAACCAGUGGAAGAUUAGCAAGAAACUCGCAGCCUACGACGAGGAUGCCUCCUUGGCUGUUGACUAUCUGCUCUCGCUUCCCACGUGCAAUGGACGUGUCGGAGCGACGGGCAUGUGUCUGGGUGGACACCUUGCGUAUCGAUGCGCGCUGGAUAGCAGGGUGAAGGCGUCGGUUUGUUACUUCGCUACUGAUAUCCAUAGUAAAACGUUGGCGGCGGGGAAGAAUGACGAUAGCUUGGCGAGGGCGGGGGAUAUUAAGGGGGAGUUACUUAUGAUCUUCGGAAAAAACGAUACGCAUGUCCCGCCUGAAGGGAGGGAUCUGAUUCGAAAGACCCUCCAUGAUAAGGGCGUGCUCUUUGGAUUUUACGAGGUGGCUUGGGCGCAACAUGCGUUUAUCCGCGACGAACUCAGCAAGGGUCGGUAUGACCCCGCGAUUAGCAAGGUGUGCUUUGAGAUGUUGCUGGAGCUGUUUGGUCGUACGCUGAAGCUGGAUCUGGGAGAGCAUGAUGGAAAGGAGCUGAAGGUGGAGGAUGUGUGUUGA